AUGACUAAUCAGCUCAAUUGUGAUACUCGUACGACAUUUCACACUUUCGAGUCUCAGGCAUUUGCUAACUGGAUAUGUUCUCACUUACCGAAGGUUGCAGUUUCCGAGUCGAAAAUCUCGAGGAUACAGCAGUUUGUAAACAUCAAUACUCUGAUUCGUUCGUGUGUGGUUCAGCCAGAUUUCAAAAAUGACCUCCGAAAUUGUUUGGAUAUGAUGAGAAUGAUUUACUCGAGUGAAUCCUCGCUGGCUAAGGAUUUCUUUGGCUGCCCCAAGAAGAAGUUAUCCGAAGUGUGCUUUGCUGAUGAUCUAACAACUGGGAAACCAUCGUCGCUACCUCGCACAUCAACUCCGAGUCGAUCUCCAGCUCGUGUGGGGCAAAAAACACUAGCUGCGUCCCUCAUGGAGUCGUUUGAAGAGCUUCGUUUAGAAUCUGGUAAAACUCCACCACGAGGUCGAUCUCCUGGCCGAAUUACUUCCAAACUGAUUGACUCAUUUCACGAACUAACCCUGACCGAAACUAAUUUCAACGCAGCUCUUGAGUACUGGUUCUCGUCAUUUCUAUAUGAGUCGAUGUCGGAGCAAUCGAUUCAAUGCUUCGAGGAACAAUUUCAUGCGUUGCGUGCACUUGUUGCCCAAGAGCAGUGCGCUGUAUUAGGGAAGAAAGUGAAACCGCGCCCACCGUCAAUAAUGUGCGAAACAUUCGCAAUGUGCGUAUUGCGAUGGUUGCGCCGUUUGGAAGACACCGGUUGGGAUAGCGAGAAUUUUAAGCUGAAAAACUUGAGAGAUUCAAUAGUGAAGUCCUACCUUGAAGAUUUGUGGUUAUUCGUCCAUACGAACAGUCUGUUAUCGCUUAUCAAUUUCACAACUGGAACGCAUCCAGAAACUAUCGCGAUCCUAUCGUUACGAAUGGAUGAAGGAUACUACAAAGUCGAGUAG